UCUAAAAUUGCAAACUGAUGCAAUAAAUAGUUCUUAUUAGGAAAUUCUUGUGUUUUCUUCUUCUAUUUCUCUUAAUCAAAAUAUAAUAAUCAAUCGAUAAUGUUCUUAAAAAAUAUUGUUAGCAGUUACGUUUUGAACAACCAAAGAUGCAUACAACCUGUAAUUUCAACAUAUCUACAAGUGAAGCAUGUCCAUCAACAACAACGAACGGCUACAUCAAAACCGAAGGAAUAUAUGGCCAUUGCAAACCUUUCUCGCAAAAUAUGUUGUUCCGAAGACAUUGCUGAAAAGAUUUAUAGUGAUUUUCCAGCGUUACGGAAAAUUAAUGCAAUUAAAACCGAUACACUGGAAUAUCUUCGUUCAAAUCUGUCGGCAGAGUCAAUAUCCGAGAAUCCAUCACUCCUCACAAUAGAUAUCGAAUCACUGAACAAGAAGAUAGAUGUGUUAAAAUCGAUGCAGCCGAAGAGUAUCGAUGAUUUUGCACCGUUGUUAACACUCGAUGAAAUUAAACUUCAAGAACUUGUUGGCGGAUUAUUGAAGGAUAAGUAUAAACCUGCAAUUCAUAAACACAUAAAUCGUAUUUAUUAUUUGAGCGAACGUCUUCAGGUUUAUUAUUCACCCAAAAUAAGUCAAAUUCGAUAUUUUACAACAAACAUUUUAUCAAUAAUUGCAGGUUGAACCACAAGUGAUUGCAAGAUCCAUUGCCAAUGGUAAAUCUAAUAUAUCAUUUACAACAUUUCAAAACUUCGAGAAAAAAGUAAGAAUAUUGAUGGACUAUGGCGUGAACCCAAUGGAAUUGGCAACCAAUUUUUUUGUGCGGUGCUGAAAGGUUGCUGCGUCGUUCUGAAUGUGCACUAUCUUUUGGAAUGCCGGUGAAAACGUCGCAUUUUCAUUUGUCACAAGAAAUGUUCGAUGAGUUUGUUAACAAAUAUAUGCACGAAAAUGAAUGUUAAUUGAAAAAUUCAAAUUGGAAAGAGCCGAAAAAAGGACUGCCUUAUCCGCCGAAAUGAUGAUACAAAUAAACAAACUUAACAUAUACAAAAAAGCAAUCGUUGAGUCGUUGAUGUCGUUAUUAGCUGGUGACCAUUUUGAAUCGUCUAAGCUGUAUUACACUUAUGUAUAUGACUUAAAUGAACUAGUUGUGGCAGAACAGAAUGUCAGCCAUUUAUUGGAAAUGAAAAUCGACCAAGUGACAAUUAGGAAAAAUGGAUUUUUGCUCACUAUGCCCAUUGAUGAAAUUAAGGAGAAAAUAAAUAUCGUACAACAAAUGAAACCGAAUAAUAUUGCAGACUUCAUUCCUCUGCUAGUUGCCGACGCGAUUGUAUUGGAAAAAUACAAGCGUGAUCUCGUUGAAUUAAACGCCAUUGGAAAUGAUCAUCCGAUUUAUUAUUUUAGCGCAAAACUAGAGAUACCAGUCACUGAGGUUGCCGCCAGUUUUGCUGCAAAAAGUGAGGUUUUCUUAAAAACCAUGCCAAAUGUUCUCAAACCAAAGUUAGAUGUUCUUCUGAAACAUGGCGUAGAUCGUACAACUAUUUUGUCAUGUUCAAGGGUCUUCAAACUCAAUAGCGUGGCACAAAUUGACCACAGAAUCAAAAGUCUUAAAAAAACCGGCCUCGAUAAAAUAUCGACGUAUAUGAUUAACAAAUUAUAUUCACCUGAAUUCAAAUUGCGUAUAGAAAGACGUCUUGAAGAAAAGAAAUCGCUUGAUGGAUUUGCAAAUAGCAUGGAAUAUCUUUCAAACCGGCUAGGUUGGAGUGAGAAUGAUCUUAAAGACGCUUCGAUAAGGUAUCCAGAAUUAAAAAAAUAUUCCGCUUUAAAAAUCAAAACUCAUUUGGAUUUUUGGCAGAGUGAAGUUGGCCUUACAGCGAAUGAAAUUACAAAUUCAUUAUAUAUUUUGAUCAAAAACUUGGAUGAAAUGAAAUUACGAUUAUGUGAAAUGAGAAAAACUGGCGCAACCCUUAAAUUAAGCAGAAUUGCUGGAACUAAAACCGUCUAUUUAAAAUAUAUUCGAAGCUGUUGUCCAGUGAAAGAUUUUCCAAUAAUUGAAGCACGUAUUAAACAAAAGAAAUGAUACCAUAAAUAUGAAUCAUCAUAGAACUGAAUUUUCAUCAAUGAAUUUUCUUAUAAGUUGGCCUAGGCUAUAUAUUGUAUAUAAAUUGCAUGGAUAUCAGAAAAAAGGGUUAAAA